UUGUCUAUCUUUUUAUAGGGUACGCUGGUCGUUUCCCUGCCUCCGACGAAUCCGCGCCGAUUCUGCGCCGUUCCAGUUUUCUCGAUCUAUUCACGUUGAUUUUCACGGUUUUCAGGAUGUUGGGCUUUCACAAGAGAACGAGGAGUCUGAUUCCAGUCAAAGAGCUAGCCAAGUACGAUGUUGUACCGCACGAUGAGGAAUUGCACGACUAUGAGAGCGAGAGUGAAGACGAGGAAGAGCUGGAGAACCAGACCACAGACGCGUCCGAUUCAACAGCACACUCGCGUACAAGACAACUGCUCCUCGUCUAUCUGAUCUUUUUCGCUGAAGCCAUCAUGGCAUCGAGCCUACAGCCACAACUCCAAAUGCUUCUCUCCUCUUCCGAUUAUUGCGGCAACCUCUCCACAUCCUAUCUUCGCAGCAUCCUCGAUUGCGCGUAUGCGUUCGGCGGCACUACCGGUCUGUUCUGGGGAUACCUGGCUGAUCGCAUGGGCCGACGUCGUGUUACGCUGAUUGGGUUGUGGAGCAUGGUGAUCUGCUGUCUGAGCAUGGGCUUUGCGACGAACCUUGCGGCUUGUGCUAUUUUCAGGUUCUUUGCAGGCAUGGUCAGCUCGGCUGUCAUGUGUACCAGCUUGACCAUGAUUGGGGAUUUGAGUGGGACUGCUGAGGAGAGAGCAAGGAACGUUACCAAAUUACCGUUCAUCUCACUGUGUGGCUCCGUUGGGCCGCUCGCCCAGGGUAUGGUCUCGGAGAGUUUGCAAGCAUACGGCAUGGUGUGGGAGAAAUUCCCUACACUUGGUUCGGAACUGGCCUGCGGAAGUGUGCUCUUUGCGAUCGCGCUGGCUGCUUCUGUCUUCCUCAAGGAGAGCCUGCCGCUACACUACGAAUUGCCAGCCGAGCCUAUGGAUUUGGACUGCGAGAAAGCAGCCUUCCUGACACGCAGCUCGGAGGACACCAACAUCACCCUUGUCGACAUCGCUCACCCCGAUCCCAUCACCAUCACUCAGUUCAUGCAAGCGCCCUCCCUCAUGGUCCUCCUCUCGUCAUUCUGCAUUCUCUCUCUUCAUGCGGCAACCUUCGACGUCCUCCUCCCACACUUGGGACAAAGCAGUACACGGCACGGUGGCAUGGGUAUUCCAUGUGACUGGCUCAGCAUUGUCGUACUAGCUAUGCGCGGUAUUGCUGCCAUGGCGAUCUUUGCUUUCGUUCCAACGGUGAUGAAAAAACAUGGCCUGCUUAAGCUCUACCGCACGGUCUCGCUCCUGUUCCCUACCAUAUACAUCAUCACACCACUCCUCGCUCUCUUGGUAACAUUUUCUGGCCUCGCCCCGGUUCUCUCUGUCUUCGCCAUCUUGACAAAACACAUCCUUGCAAGCAGCGCAUUCGUCCUUGUUGUUCUUCUUGUCCUCAACACCACACCUGAUGCCUUCUCUACAGGAACAGUCGUCGGCAUGAUGCAAGUUGCAUCGCUAUUCAAAGCGUUCGCUGUCGCUGUAAGCGGUGCCAGUUACUACGUCAGCAGCGAUGUCAGUGUACCGGUCACUAACUUUGCCCUUUGGACAUGCCUCGCUAUCUUCGGUGCAGCAGGUGCCGUGUGUGCGUGGUUCGUGAAGGAGAGGCCAAGUGUGGGCCUCGACUUCAAGGGCGAGGUGUUGAAGUGGGAAAGUGUCUUCGACUUCGAUGCUGACGAAGUCGUGGAGGCGAAAUUCGAAGAGAGUUUCGUGAUUGGCGAUGACUGAAUAUAUUUUCUU